AUGGGCACGCCCCGCGCGGGGUCGCCGGCGUCCCCGGUCACCGGCGACCGCUACCUCGACCUGCUCGUCCGCUUCGUGGCGCGCAACGCGGGCGCGCUGCUCGACGGCACCGUCACCCUCCGCCUCCACCCCGUCGGGCUCCACUACGUCACCUCCCGCCUCGAAGCGCUUCGGGAGCUCGAGGCCGUGGGCGCCGGCGCGCCCGUCGACUACCUCCGCGCCUACGUCGCGGACCUCGGCGACCACCGCGCGCUCGAGCAGCUCCGGCGGAUCCUGCGCCUCCUCUCCUCGCUCAAGGUCGUCGCCCCGGGGCCCGGGCGCGACCCCGCGCCACUCUCACUACUGCCCUUCGCGCGCCUGCGCGUGCUCGAGCUGCGGGGCUGCGACCUCUCCACCUCGGCCGCCAGGGGCCUUCUCGACCUCCGACACACCCUCGAGAAGUUCGUCUGUUUCAAUUCUACGGAUGCUCUUAGGCAUGUCUUCGCAAGUAGAAUCAUGGAUAUCAAGGACUCACCUGUGUGGAGCAAACUUUCAUAUGUCUCAUGUGCAUCUAAUGGUGUAGUACUCAUGGACGAAUCGUUGCAAUUGUUACCUGCAAUUGAAACCUUGGAUCUUAGUUGCAACAAGUUUGCAAAGGUGGACAAUCUGCAGAAAUGUACAAAGUUGCGAAAUCUGGAUCUUGGAUUUAAUCAUUUGCGUUCCAUUUCAUCCUUGAGUGAGGUUUCCAGUCGAAUUGUAAAACUUGUUCUGAGAAAUAACGCUUUAACUACAGUAAAUGGGAUUGAAAAUCUCAAGUCACUCAUGGGGCUUGAUCUCUCCUACAAUAUCAUCUCAAAUUUCUCAGAAUUGGAAAUGCUUGGCACUCUAUCUCUGUUGCAAAACCUCUGGUUGGAAGGCAACCCAAUCUGCUGUGCCCGGUGGUAUCGAGCACACGUGUUCAGUUUUUUUCGUAAUCCAGAGAAUUUGAAGCUAGAUGAUAAAGGCAUGAACACACAAGAAUACUGGGAAAAGCAAGUGCUGUUUGCAUGCAGACAAAAUCAACCUGCUGGUUAUGGAUUUUAUUUUCCUGCAAUUGAUGAUCAUGAAAAUGAAGAUGAAGACAUGUUAAAUUUGAAGAUGAGAAGAAUUUCCCGACUUGUGAGCAUAGUGGAGGAAGAGAGAAAUCUCUGUGAUGAAGGUGUAGAGCAGCAGUCAACCCACGGUGAUAGUGACAGUUCUAAGAAGGAUGAAACUGCAGCUGUUGAUCAUGACAUAAGAAUUGCUUCCUUGAUAAACACCGCUGAAUUGCUGAAGAAAGAAAAGUCAAGUAAUUGGCUUCGUGAAUUUAAGGAGUGGAUGGAUGACAAUACAGAGAAAACAGAAGGCGACAACCUAUCUGUUGACUUAACUAAUGGCAAUGGGAAGUAUGUCAGACAAAAGAAAAAGCAGAAAGCACACAAGGAGACUUCAAAUAACAUGUCGGAUUUGGUACAAGUAUCAGAAGGUGGCAGUAGCUCAAACCUUUUGGAAUCAGAUUCAUCUUUCACGGAUAAUGCAUUUUCUGGUUCGAAUGGAGUCAUCAAACAAUCGUCAAAUGAACUUAAUUUUGACCAAGGUCAUCUAAGGAUGCACUUGAAUUCUUUUCAACGACCUCCUCCCCUAGAGUUAGUAGCCACUUCACAAACCGACCCCUUUUCUGAGUUGGAAAAUGGCUCUACAAAUAUGCUGGCAAAUGGGACACCAUCCAAUACAAUGAGCAAGUUAAUAGAAUCAAGUCCACCCCAUACAUAUCCAAGUCCACAGUCACCUCCACAAUACAAGGAGGACAUUCUACAUCGCAGACUUUUUCUGGAGGAAGAAUUUUUGCAGAUUUCAGGACAUCUUCAUUCUGUUGGUUCACUUGGUAGUGGUAGCAGCUGCAGCGAUGGUUCUUCGAGUGAUUUUGGUUCAUGCAAUUCAGAAGAUGAUUGUGAAGAAAUUCAGACAAAGAUGGAGUUGUCUCGUAAUGGCCAGAUGGUUUUAUUUCCUUUUGUAAAUGGUGAUGAUCAUGAGGCAAAGAAUAACUUAGAGCAUUUUUCAGGGGAGAAUACUUUGUCUGACCAUUCAGAAGAAGGUGAGCCGAGUUGUUCAGAUCACAGAGAGUUUGAUAUUGAGGAGUUCCAUGACAGUAACCAGAGAAAUGGUCAUCUAGGUCAUUAUUUAGGCCAUUUAAUUGGACAAAAAGGCAAGGAGAAGUUUAAGUGGAGGGUAUUUCCUUUCAAGAAUCAUAAUGGUACCAAACUAGAAAUUCCAAAAAUGAAUGGCGAUCAGGUGGCUGAGCAUGUUUUAGUUGAAGGAAAUGGCCAGUUGACAUGCAAACCAAGCAAAAGUACUCACAAGGAAGACUCUAAAAGUCAUUCUUCUAAUAUCCUGCAUAAGAACAAUUCAUCUAUUAGCACAAAUAUAAUUCCUCAUGACACAGGCGAACACAAGACUCUUGAGGAUUUCUUCAACUUGGAAAUAGCAAACAAGGAUGGGUCUGAAACAUGUGAACAAGUAGCUUGUUGUGCAUACAUGUUUCAGGAUUCAAGUGGUUUAGUUCAAAGAGAGGUAGCCUUGCUACGAAGUUCUCAAAACAAAUUGUAUGUGCUACUACUUGAUAUGGUUUUUGAUGGACAAGAAACCAUGCCAAGAGUUUUGGGCAGCUAUAGUCUGGAAAGUCUAGAAAAAGUUUUGAUUGGGCUGGGACUACAGGCACUGAGAGUACACAUGUCAGAUGAUACAACUUAUCUAUUCUUCACAAGGACUUCCAAGGAAGCACAAGAUGUACUUUGGCUCUUGAGUGUAACCAACUUCCCCAAAUUAAACCACAAGAUACAAUUUCAAAGUUGGGAGAACAUCCAAGUUAAAUCGUUCGAGAAAUGUAUUAUACGCAGAACUGCAAAUAUGGGAAUAUUUCUCUACUCUAUGUUGAUGUUCUGGAGGAAUGACGCUGAAGAAGACUCCCUUUGUAUUAGAUCCAUCUUUGUCAUUGAAGGCUCCGUAUUGGUGUGCAUUGAGGACCUAGAUCAGUUUGGUGGUAUCCCUUAUGAUUCAAAUCCCCCAUACUUUUCUCUUGAUGCAUCUUGUUCUAUUAGCAAUAUCCGAGAAGUGGUCAUGGAUCAGCGCAACGACAAAUGUUUGACAUUGAUUUUGGAUAGUCGUAGGCAAGGAGAGUUUCACGAUAGCAUCCAAAAUCCUCAAAACAAGCAGUCUGAUGAAAUCGGCACAGUACAUACAUGGAAACUUAAGUGGUUCUCUGAAGAAGCAUCUCUGAAGUUUAUUUCUGUACUUAAGGCUCUAUACUCGACAGCAGCAGCUUCGUCUUUACCUGUAAAGUGUAUAUCCUGA